AUGGAGGGCGGCCUGGGCUCCCCCAAUGCCAGCGUGCUGGGGGAGCACUCCCUGCUCGCGGGCAGCAGCUGGCUGGCCGCCUUCCUCUGCUUCAUCAUCCUGCUGACCACGGCGGGCAACUUCCUCCUCAUCCUCCUCAUCGUCACGCAGCGCUCCCUCCGCAACACCUCCAACUACUUCCUGGUGUCCCUCUUCAUGUCGGACCUGAUGGUGGGGCUGGUGGUGAUGCCCCCGGCCAUGCUCAACCAGCUCUACGGCCGCUGGGUGCUGCGGGGCGACCUCUGCUCCCUCUGGGCCUCCUUCGACGUCAUGUGCUGCAGCGCCUCCAUCCUCAACCUCUGCGUCAUCAGCCUGGACCGCUACCUGCUCAUCACGUCCCCGCUCAGGUACAAGCUGCGCAUGACGUCCUGCAGGGCCCUGGCGCUCAUCCUGGCCGCCUGGACCUUGGCCGCGCUGGCCUCCUUCCUGCCCAUCAAGAUGGGCUGGCACCAGCUGGAGUCGGAGGUUCGGGCCCUGAACGUCACCGGCCGGGGGGACGAGGAGCAGUGCCGGCUGCUGGUCAGCCUGCCCUACGCCCUGGUGGCCUCCUGCCUCACCUUCUUCCUGCCCUCGGCCGCCAUCUCCUUCACCUACUGCCGCAUCCUGCUGGCGGCGCGCAAGCAGGCCGUGCAGGUGGCGUCCCUCGCCUCCAACGUGGCCACCACCGACGAGGCCGCGCCACAGGUCCCACGCGCCCCGAGCCAGCUCCUGGCCGGCAAUGAGAGCAGGAGGUUCACCAACAAGCACAGCAAGAAGGCUCUGAAGGCCAGCCUGACCCUGGGCAUCCUCCUGGGCAUGUUCUUCGUGGCCUGGCUGCCCUUCUUCGUCACCAAUGUGGCACAGGCAGUCUGUGGCUGCGUCCCGGCCGGAUUCUUCGACGUGCUCACCUGGCUGGGCUACUGCAACAGCACCAUGAACCCCAUCAUCUACCCGCUCUUCAUGAGGGACUUCAAGAGAGCCAUGGGCAAAUUCCUGCCCUGCUGCCGGCGCCCGGCGGAGCCGCGGCCCAGCGCCAUCUCCAUGUCCAUGAGGAAUUCCCACAGCGGGCCCCGAGCUGCCGCAUCCCUCAAGAACGUCCUCACCCUGCAGGCCGAGACCGACUCCGCCGACUCCGGGGCACCGGGGAGCGAGCGCAGGCUGCUGCCAGCGCGGCCGGGCGCCGGCGCCCGCUCCUCCGGCCUUUGGGAUGCCGAGCCGCCGGACACAGAGCUCGGCACGGCCGUGGCCUGA